GGCAGACGCGCAUUGCGCGCCCUGGUUCACGGUUCACUCCCGCGUAGAUCUCCGACUGGGGACUCCUAAUGCGGUCCGCCUUUGUUCAUUUCCGCGACUUCACGAGCCUUCGACGUGUUCGGACCACCGGCGACUAUCACAAUACCACGACAACACCAUGUCGUCUCCUCCAAGCACUCCCACCCAACGGCCUGCGUCUUCGCACCGUCGGCACCCCUCCAGCCUAGACAUGUCACACAACACCUCGUCGAGACGACAGUCCUUCACCCGCCGCAACUCCGGCUACUCGCCCAUAACACCGCGCUCCUCGCAUGAAUUCGAACACAGCCCCGCGCACCAAUUCGACGGCGGAGGAGACGGCAAUGGCUUGGGCAACCUGGCCGACGAGCUCGGUGAGAUGUACGACGAUGAUGACGAGGGCAUGGAGGGCGAAUAUGGCGAGGAACUGGACGAAGCACAAGACGAAAACAUCGGCACAGCUGUAGAACACGACGGCUCUUAUGGAGUCGACAGCGCAGCUAGCCUCAACGGUGUGCGGGAUAGUGGGGUUGCCAUGCAGGACUCGUCUCCGGCGCGCCUCAGUCCAGGGUCGGCCGUUAAGACGAAAAAGCACACAAGGCAACGGUCGCUGUAUGAUGGCUCCGACUACGGUGACGACUCUGACCUGGAAAAUGAGGGCAUAUCGCCAGCGCUCGACGCGCGGAUGGCGGCUAUUGAGAGUCUGGCACGGAGAGGCAUGGAGGAGAAUGGGAGCGCAUCAGACGAGGUGGUGAAGAGGGUCACGCAGCAACUCCGAGAUCUUGGCAGCCAGAUUGCUAUGGAGAAUGGAGCGACGAGACUAAAGACUGCCCAUGAGGCUCUGACAACACAUCUGACACACCAAUCGCGUACCCUUACAUCCAUCGCCGUGUCCUUCUCAGGCCCAUUCGCCAUCCUUCCCGACCCGGAAGACAUCGACGAACUUCUACCUAUCAUACAAACAACACUGGAGCUGCUACCCCACCCCUCCGCCGAUCCGCUCGUCGCCAUCUCCCACCUCACCCACUCCAGCCGCGAACUCAUCCAACACCUCUCAAACGUCAGCGAUACCCUACACAUGUCACGACAAACGACGGCAAAUGCUGCCAGACGGCUCAAAGUCAGCAAAGAACAACUGCAGGACUGGAAACGCGACAACGAGAAAACGCAAGAGGGACAGGAAUACAUCGAGCAUGGAGACUGGGACCGACGGCUCAAAGAGAGGGAGGCAAAACGGGCUUGUGCAAAUGUGCUAGAUGGGUUCGAGGACGUCUGCGGGCAGUGGAGGAAGAGACUCUGCGAGGGUCUGGGCGUGGCGAGCGCGGAUGUCCCGGACUCGGAGGCAUAUAUUCGCCCUUCUUGGCAUCCUUCCUCCGCCAGCACAGUGCCGGAACCGCCGGCAGAGUCAGACUGGUCAGAUUGCACUCCAAUAAAGGCGGCGCCUAAGAAGGUAUUCCAAGAAACCAGUACAGACUCGAUGUUUCCCGACUCUGCGGAUGAGAUGCAUUGAUCAUCACUUGUUUUUCUUAUGUUGUAUUUGUUGCAUUGAUAUGGCAUGGCAGUAAGGUGUUUUUGGCGGCGGCAACUGAUAGAUGGAGACUCUGGUAAUACCCCAUUUAUAUCUAUAGCUUCAGGACAAGCGCUUGUCUCAUUUGUAGGAGUUGGGGGCCUUUUGAUAGAUGAAGAAUGAAAGGCAUUACAGUAUUGCAGGUGGGAAGAUACUUGGAAGUUGGUGGGAUUAUGCUGACUACGAGAUUUGCUAAUAGCUACAAAUGGAACAGCUCAUGCUAGCUUCCGGAUCGAGCUCACGUCGCUUACACCUGUACCUUCGACUACCUUCGCCUCGAUGA